GACAAAAGCAAUAUCUCAGUUACAUAUGUUGCCCAAUCUUUUUUAUUUUUUUCCUCCAAGUAAUUAAACAACCUAUCAUCCUCUGUAAAAGACCCAAAUAAAUUAAAAGAUAUCAUUCAUUUCCAAAGAUGUUAGUUAGUUUGUUGAUAUGCCAAUUAAAUUGCAUAAGUGCAUAGAGCUUCGAAUGUUUGCAAUUCCACAAAAUGAAAUGUGAAGGCCAAAGUAUUAUUAAUCGACAUGUGGGAUUGGUGAUGAUAUCAGAAACUAUGAGCCAUUAUUGCUGCCACCAAAUCACACCUUCAGAUGAAGAUGAAACCUCGAAAAGUUGACCGCUUCAAUGAAAGCGACCUAUACGGAUUAGAUUCUGGGAGAGACGUCUAAGCCAAUCAGUGGGAGUAAAUACUCUACAUGAAGAUCUCUCUCCAUGCCGUAAAUAUAUAGCUGGCAAGCAUUUCUUGCCGUUGACUUAUGUAUGUAUAUAUAUAUAUAUAUAUAUGUGUGUGUGUGUGUGUGUGUGUGUGUGUGUGGGGUUAUGGCAUCCUCUCGAUCCCUUACUGUCUUAUAUUAUCUCCUUCGUCCCGACUCUUUGAAGGCCAAGGAUUGAGUUCGACAGACAGACCAUGGAUGAUGCUUCAAUCAUGUUCCAGUGCCCCAUCUCAAUGGAGCCAAUGGAGGAUCCGGUGACGAUCGCCACCGGCAUCUCGUACGACAGGGAGUGCAUCGAGAAAUGGCUCUUCGUCUACAAACAGUCGACGUGCCCGGUCACCAUGCGGCGACUGCUGAACUCUGAUCUCAUUCCUAAUCACACCCUCCGACGUCUCAUGUCGUCCUUCCGGGAGACCGCAGGGGGAGGGCCCGCCAAGCCGCCUCCACGCUUGCCCGACGUGAUCGACCACGACGAACUGGUUUCGCUGCUGAAGAACGUCCAAACGGGGCCCUUCAUGGUCACCUACCUGAGAAAACUACGGGCGCUCGUCGACAAGGACGUCGAGUUGCAGAAGGAUUUGAUUCGAUUGGGAGGCGCCCAAGUGUUGGGCCGCAUCAUGGCGUCCCAUGGCGUCGUGGAGUACUGGGACUUGGACGAUUUCCGAGAUCGCGACGAGGCUGUCGGCGUCCUGGCUCUCCUCCCCUUGUCGGAUGAGGCCACGGUGGAGCUCCUAUGGAAGCCCGACUGCGUGAGAUCGAUGAUGGAGAUCCUCCAAAGUGGAACCGCCGAGGCCCAACUCCGCACCAUGUCCAUCUUGAUGAAGGCAUCGAAGACCAACAACGAGUGGACCAACACGGUAGCGGAGGAAGACGGCGAUGUCGUCAAGUCCUUGUUGGACCUUGUAUCCGAUGAAGUCUCAACCAGGCUAACCUCCUCCUCGUUGGACGUACUGCUCGAGAUCGUCGCGACCUCGAAGAAGAACCGCCUGAAGGCGAUCGAAGCCGGCGCGAUCCGCGUCUCGGUCGAGAUUCUGACGGACGCAGAUGGGCGCAAGUGCGAGAAGGUGUUGCUGCUGCUCACGAGGCUCUGCAAGUGCCCCGAGGGGCGAUCGGCCAUGGCCGACCACGGGCUGGGCGUGGCGGCGGUGUCCGAGAAGAUACUGCGGGUGUCGAGGCUGGCGACCAAACUGGGCGUCAAGAUCUUGUGGUUGAUGAGCAGCAAUCGGCCCACAGAGCAACUGCUGGAGGAGAUGACGGUGGUCGGGUCGGUGGCGAAGCUCCUGGCCUUGUCGCACAUCGAUGGGCAGUCGUCCUACAAGAAGAGAGCCAUGAUGAGGAUGAUCAAGUUGCAUGGGGCUGGCUGCAUGGAGGCGGUACCCCUGUGUUCCUAGCGACCUGAACGACUUCCUGAGAUCGUCUCGAUUCUCAGUAAAUUUUGUAGAGAAAGCAGAAGCUGGAGAGGU